AAGGAAACAUUCCAUUCCGAAUCCGAACACUGUCAGAGACAGAUUUAGCGGCGCUGUCAGCACAGUUCUUUUAGACCAGCAUCGUAGUCUUUAAGGAUGGUACCAGGAAACCAUGAUGUCGGAAACAAAGUGUUUUUCAAUUUCAUUUUUCUGUCACUCUUUGCUGUCACAAUUGCAGUUGGAAGCUCCAGAGAGGGAUCUCAGAGCCAAGAUGAGGUGGACGUCAUCUAUGACAGUCAGCUGGACCUGCGGGAGAUAGUGUUUGUCAUCCAGAGCCAGAGAAACUCCUUCCAUGUGAGACAGGCGGAGAGACGGAGAGCAGAUCUGCUCCACCAGGCGGAGAGCCUCUCUAUGGGCGUCCCUACUGUACUGCUUCUUCACAGUCUGUCAGCCAGCGAGGGAGACUGGAGUAUCCUACCUCUGCUUCCUCAGUUAUCUUCUACCUUUAAAAAGAACUCCUCCUGGAUUCUGUUCCUGGAGGAGGAAACCAAUGUGAGGUUGACCAAACUUGUUCAAGUCCUCAUGAAUUUUGACAGAAGGAAGGAGUGGUUCCUCGGUAAGCCUCUCUACGAUGAGGAGUCUACUAUCAUACAUCACUACGCCUUCGCUGAGAAUCCCAAAGUGUUUAAAUACCCCGACUUUGCUGCAUCCUGGGCCCUGAGCACACCCCUUAUUAACAGGCUUGCAAAGAAAGUAAGAGAGGACCCUCUCAAAUCAGACUUCACCAUCGACCUGAAGCACGAGAUUGCACUGUUCAUCUGGGAGGAUGGGAAGGGCCUCCGCCUGACCGCCGUGCCCGAGCUGUGUACUGAGCCGGAGGACUCUCCCAGAGCCCAGCACUGCGCCACCUUCCUCAGCCGGCUCCCCCUGUGUGGUGAGCCUGCAAAGAAGGACGACAUUUUUGUUGCUGUGAAAACAUGCAAAAAGUUUCAUGCUGAGAGACUCCCAGUGGUGAAGAAGACCUGGGAAAAAGAGGCGUCUCUACUGGAGUACUACAGCGACCAUGCUGAUCCUUCUAUACCCACCAUCAACCUGGGAGUACCCAACACUGAGAGAGGACAUUGUGGGAAAACGUUUGCCAUCCUGGAGAGAUUUGUCAGCGAUGCAGUGCCAGAGACCAGCUGGCUACUGAUUGUGGAUGAUGACACACUCAUCAGUCUCCCCAGGCUGCAGGCCCUGCUGAGCUGCUACGACGCGGCCGAGCCCGUGUGCCUGGGGGAGAGGUACGGCUACGGCCUGAGCCAGGGAGGCUACAGCUACAUCACCGGUGGAGGAGGCAUGGUGUUCAGCAGGGAGGCGGUGGCCAGGCUGAUGAGGAGUGGCUGUAAGUGUUACAGUGAUGACGCUCCUGACGACAUGGUGCUGGGGAUGUGCCUCAACGCCCUGGCGCUGCCCAUCACGCACAGCUCUCUGUUCCACCAGGCACGACCAGACGAUUACGCCAAAGACUUUCUGGCCCACCAGGUCCCCAUCUCCUUCCACAAACACUGGAAUGUCGACCCCAUAGCGGUCUUCAAUACGUGGCUGAAGGAUGAUAUCAGGACAAAGACAGAUGGAUCAAAUGGUAGCAUUAAGGAGGAGUUAUAAUGAUUCAGGCACACAACUCACCUGUGCGUGUCUGCGUGUGUUUGUGUGUGUGUGUGAGAGAGAGAAUAUGCAAGUCUAGGUGCAAAUGUCUGUAUUUCGUGAAGUCAUGGACAUGAAUUGUCCCCAGGUUCCUUCAUUGUUGUAAAUGUUUUAUAUAUUGUGAAUCUUGCAGAGAUGCAUAAGGAAGGAGCAUGCAAGCCUCUGUCCAUGACUUGAGGUUCAACAACUUUUUGUUUGCUGUUUUAACUUAAUUUUAGGUUAUUUAGUUUGUGUGAAAACAUGAAUCUUGUCUGUGAAUAUUUACUAUAUUUUAUUGUAUAGGUAUAGAUAAUCUAUCCCUUGCAAUAUUUAGAUACUUUAAGAGCAUAUUUCAGUGUUAAUAACGCUGUAUAAUGUGUUACAUUUUGAUAAUAAAAGUUUCUUU